GAGGACGACGGCGUUGACGAGCUCCCCGGCGCGGCGGGCGCGGCGCCUGGCGCCGCGGGGGGCGGGCGGCCCGCGCAGGUGGAGAUGCUCUUCGCGCAGAGAGGCGGCCCUGCGCAGUGGGUGGCGCCCGACAGCCCCGCCGCGGCCGCCGCCGAGUGGGACGACGAGCAGGCCCGGCCGCUCGAGGUGGCCGCUGGCAGCCGCCGUGUCGCCAACGGGACGCCCCUUUCCGACGCACGCGGAAGCGCCCAGCCUGCCCAGGAGCCCCUGCCGCAGCCGCCGUCCGGGGUGGAGUCGGCCGCGGCUGCGCGCGUCGCCUGGGAGGCCAGCGGGGCCGCCGCCGAGGAGGC